AUGGCAUACAAGUUAAUGCUUCUCGUUGUUUUGGGUGUUCUUAUUCAAACUUCCUCUGCAAGGAAACUUCUUGGGGAUUCAUUUUUACCCAAUUUUGACUUAAACGAAGGGUUUGACCAAAUUCUAGGAGGUCUUGGUGGCGGCGGCGGUGGUGGCGGAGGUAGAGGAGGUGGAGGAGGGGGUAGUGAUGGUGGAUUUGGCAUCGGCUUUGGAUAUGGCGAGGGUCACGGAUCAGGAGCGAACGGCAAUGAUGGCGGUGGUGGAGGUGGCGGAGGUGGUGGUGGAGGUAGUAAUGGUGGGUCUGGUGUCGGCUUUGGAUAUGGCGAGGGUCAUGGGUCAGGUGCAAAUGGUGGUGGCGGUGGUGGUGGAGGUGGUGGAGGCGACAGCGGCAGUGGUAAAGAUGGUGGUAGUGGUUUUGGUUUUGGUAGGUCUCUCACACUCGAGAGGCAAUUCAUAGAAAGGGACCUUCUACCUCACAACCCCAAUGUGAAGAGGCAAUUUAAUGACAGAGUGGGGUGGAAAUUCUAUACAAGCAAGCUACCGGAGGCCAAUGAAUAUUUAGUCAAAGAGUUCUAUGCCAACGUAGCCCACAUCAAAAAGGGCACCUAUGUGACCAAGGUGCGGAACCUGAAGAUUAGAUUUGAUGGCAAGAUGCUGAAUGACUAUGCUGGGUUCAAUGAUGAGGAUGAGUCCCUUUAUCUGGAGAAGGUGGCUAUGGAUGAGUUAGCCCGCCCUUGGCUUGCAUCGGUAGGCCAUGUAACCAUGCCUUUGGGUGCUCUUCCUUCUUCGUUACAACAAAAGAGCAAGAUGCAAGGAGAUGGGGAACUUCUUACUAUCCAUGGAGAUGCCUAUAGGGAGACAGUUUUCUUCGAGGUGAAGGAUGACAAUGCAGGAUUUAAUCUAACCGGGUUCCAAUUUGUUAAUGCUAUAGAAAGGGUGCCCCUUUCUUUUUAUCCUAUGCAAAUCAAUACGUGGCUCAUAUAG